AUGUUUCAUACUCCUAAUCUCGUUGGAAUGAAAAAGAAAUACGUACCAAAGAGAAUAAACGAAGGAUGGGGGCUUCAACACAUGAAACUUUACGGAGUAGACGACGAAAUAAUUCUCUCUGGGGCUAACCUUUCCAAUGACUAUUUUACAAACCGGCUCGAUCGAUAUCACGUUUUCCAGUCAAAAGAACUAGCUGAAUACUAUUCCCAGAUCCACCAUGCUAUUUGCAGGUUCAGUUUUCAGGUUCUGCCAGAUCCAAAGAGCAAACAAGGCUAUGUUAUGAACUGGCCAGUUACAAAUGCGGGGCCAUCGCCUUUAGAUGAUCCCGAAGAUUUCAUAUCCGCGGCGUCUAUAUCGCUUUCGAAACUAAUACAACCACCAACAGCCCAGGGAGUUUUAACAUCCAUGGCUGACAACCAGACAUAUGUAUACCCUGUGGCUCAGUUUACGCCAAUACUAAAACCAGAUCAGUCAACGGAGUUUCCGGCUGUUACAAGCAUCCUAAGUACCUUAGCUAGCAGCCCGAUGUUGAAGAAUUCCCGCUGGCUUUUCACUGCGGGCUACUUCAACAUGCACCCGGUUCUCUCAUCACUUCUGAUUUCAAGCACUACUCCAUCGCCUGAUUCUCCAAGCAGCCAAGGAACAGUUCUCACGGCAUCCCCGUGGGCGAAUGGAUUUUAUGGUUCCCCAGGCGUCUCUGGAAUGUUACCAGCAGCAUAUACCCACUUGUCUGCUAGGUUCCUAGAUCGGGUUGCGGAAUCACAAAGAACUAAUUCUAUUGAAUUGAAGGAAUGGCGUAAGGGAACUGUGAAUGAGCCUGGUGGAUGGACAUAUCAUGCCAAGGGAUUAUGGGUGACACUCCCGAAUGAGAAGUAUCCAAGUCUCACGUUUGUUGGAAGCAGCAAUUAUACCAAACGAAGCUACGGGCUUGAUUUAGAGGUGGGCGCUGUCAUAGUGACUACAGACAACAGUUUGAAAGAGAGAUUAGGCCAGGAAACGGAGUGGCUGCAAGCGGAUUCUAAACCCAUCUCAAGAGAAGAUCUAAGGAAAGUUGAGCGACGAGUCAGUUGGAAUGUUCGUCUUGCUAUGUGGAUCGUAGAGCGAGUUGGCGGAGCUCUGUGA